AUGAAGGAAGCAAUUGUUUCAAAGGGACCGACUGUCCAGAUUGUGGACUCACCAAUCCCCAAGCCUGGGCCUGACGAUGUUGUGAUCAAGGUGGUGUACGCCGGCUCCAACCCGAAGGACUGGAAGCUGCCGGAUUGGGUCGGCACUACUGCCAACCAAGGCGACGAUGUGGCUGGUACCAUUCACGAGGUGGGCAGCCAUGUCACCGAGUUCAAACCCGGCGACAGAGUAAUGGCAUUUCACGUAAUGCAAGCUCCUCACGGUGCAUGGGCAGAGUACAGCUUAGCACCUGCACACACAACCGCCCAUCUACCGGCCGAGACCAGCUUUGAACAGGGCGCCGCCGUUCCCCUGGCUGCGCUUACUGCCGCUGUGGGACUCUACUUGCGCCUGGGGCUGCCGGAGCCCUGGCGGCCGGCCAAGGAGCCGACGCCGCUUGUGGUGUACGGCGCGGCCUCGGCCGUGGGCGCGUACGUGGUGCAGCUGGCCAAGAAGAGCAACAUCCACCCGCUGAUCUGCGUGGCGGGCAACUCGCAGGACUACGUCAAGUCGUUCCUGGACCCCAGCAAGGGCGACACCGUCGUGGACUACCGGGCGGGCGACGAGGCCGUGGUCGAGGGCAUCCGCAAGGCGCUGGGCGGCCUCAAGCUGUUCCACGCCUACGACGCCGUCUCGGAGAAGGGCAGCUACCAGAACAUCAGUAAGGUGCUCGAGCGGGGGUCCAAGAUCACCUUGGUGCUGCCGUUCAAGUCGUACGACGAGAUCCCCGACUACGUCGAACAGGCUGUGACGUCUGUCGGGUGUGUCCACGACGACGACAAAGACUUUGGGUUCGUCUACUUCAGGUACAUUGCCCGUGGUCUGAAAGAAGGCUGGUUCAGGGCCCAGCCCACUGAGGUAGUGCCGGGUGGUCUUGGUGGUGUCCAGUAUGCGCUGGAGCAGCUGAAGGAGGGCAAGGUGAACGCCAAGAAGCUUGUCUUUGAAGUCAAGGCUACGGAAGGCGUGAACUGA